GUAAUCGACUGAUGUUGGAAAUUUGACGAAAGUCAUGGAAUAUUUGUAGAAAAAUAACAAGUAAUUCUACAGCACGUGAGUGCGUAUGCACACGUUAGUAAUGAGCAGUUUGCGAGGUUAAUGAAAGGAAUAAGCGGUGUUUGUGCCGUAAACGGCUGUCUUUGGGUGACACAGAAGCAGCCAGUUAGCUAACCUAAGGGAAUUCCGCUGAGAAAACAGGAGAGAGGGGGGGGGAGAAAAAAAACUGCGGGAUUGAGAACAUGGAGACAAGGAGAGCGGCGGCACGGCUGUGAGGGCUGCGCGGUUUGAGCCUCAAAAAGCUACGCUGAAAGAACAUCUAACACACUGCAGCGGACUGGACGUGCGUUGCAUCUGUGGCGAGUUUUUCUGCCGUUAAAUUGUUUUUUUUUUUGGUUGAAGCUUCUCGGAGAAUCCUUGGAGAUAGAGAGUUGUCGCUAGCGCGUUAGCGGAGGAGCUAACACAUCAAAGAAGGCGAAAGUUUCCGCGCGGUCGGUCGGACGGCCGAGCGCGAGCCGUUGAGCGCCGCCGUUUCCAUUUUACACUUGGAUUUGACUCAUUCUUGUGGCGUUUCGCUUCGAAGUGUUCCGGGAAAGAAGGGCGCAGGCUCUCGGCUGGGACUCGGGUGUAAAUCUGAGCGCCAGAAAACGAGCAAAUCCUCUUCGGUUAUCACAAGUUUGAAACGAAGGACGGGGUUUCCUUCAUUUUUUUUUUUUUUUUAUAAAAAAAAAAAAACGUCUUAACGCUUUUUCUCUCUCCCAGUCGCGGUGCACAAACGGGGCCUUUUUUUUUCCCCUCAAGAAACCGAAGACUCAAAAUGGGAGAAUACUCCUAUUAGACAGCAGUGUGUGCUGUGACCGUGGAGCCCGGCCUCUCUGGCUUUGUUGUCAGAGUUGGUAAAAUUCCCAUGAAGAGGACGGACAGUCCAGAGUACCCGGUGCAUUUCUGAGGAGCACCAGACACACACUAUCUGACAUACAUGCACGCACUGGACGGAUGGAACAGUAGUGUCACGAAGCUGAAGGUGCCUGUGAAUGAAAGCUGAAGAGGUCCUGGAAGAAUUAAACACAAUACACAGUUCUGAAAAGAGGGGACGGGGCUGCCUGUGCUGCCGCGAAAACACACCAGCAGUAGGUGUGUGUGUGUAUGUGACAAAGGCGACCCCCCGCCGCCUACCAUUACAUCCAGUACAGAUACCGAUUCCCCAGGCGGCUCGUCUCAUCAGCGCCCCGGAGACCUGGACGGUCCACGCCAGGACUGUACCCUGUGAGCGCCAGUUGUUGAGCCACCUAUUGAAACUGCGACGUUUGUUUACUGGUCCUUACUGUUCCGCUGCCCUGUUUUGUAUCCUGAGGAUCAUCUGUGAGGAAAAACGACGGGAUCCUGCUGAAAAAGCAAACUGUUUCUGACUCCAUUGACUGAACAAACCCACUGUCGCCUGACGGAUGUUAGUAGAGUGCCUGCUGUUUUCCCCCCGAAAACGCGGAGGGUUUUUAUUUUUGGUAAAAUGAUAAUUGGAUAAAAGCCGAGGAAAUACUAGAGAGCCCAAUGAGCAGCACACAGUCUACAGUCACUGACAGGUUUCCCAAAAAAGCAACCAGGACAAGCAGCAUUCUCAGUAAGGACCAUCCACCAGACAAGAAGCCCAAGAGCGACAAAGCUGCAGUGCCCCCCUCACAUGAGUUUGACCCCACAGGGCUCGUUCAGCGAUGUGUGAUCAUUCAGAAAGAUGACAAUGGCUUUGGGCUGACUGUGAGCGGAGACAACCCUGUGUUUGUGCAGCUUGUCAAAGAAGAUGGCGCUGCGAUGCGUGCUGGUGUUCAGACCGGAGACAGGAUCAUUAAGGUGAAUGGGACCUUAGUAACGCAUUCAAACCAUGUAGAAGUUGUGAAGUUAAUCAAAUCGGGCUCCUAUGUGGCCCUUACAGUGUUGGGGCGGCCCCCGGGGCUUCCCCAGAUCCCCUUGUCAGAGGGUGAGGGGGACUCGAUCAACUCACCUCAGUCUCCCAGUCCUGCUCAGGGGGAGCGCUCUGCGGGAACCACCAUCACUGCUCCCGUGCCGGUCUGGGAAGAGAAUAACAUUAUGCACAACCAGAAAGUGGACAUCUUGCAGAAGAUGCUGUCUAAAGAGCAACAAGAAUUACAGGCCAUGAAGGAGGAGUACAGCAAGAACCCCACACCUAAACUACUGAAGGAGAUUCAGGAAGCCAAGAAGCACAUUCCACAGCUGCAAGGGGAGCUCAGCAAAGCUACAGGUGGAGUCCAGGAUGGUCUACCCUCCCCCCGGCCUGGCGACACCCUGCAGUGGAGUGAGGCAGAGGACGGCUGCAGCAGCGAUGUAGAUCCAACACUCUCCUCCCGGAGCGACGGCUGUGCUGAUGGCUCUUGGGUCAGCAGUACAGCACCUUCUGUUGUUCCUAGCCACCCCACCUCCCACCCAGAGAGCCCAUGCCAAAGAGAUUACCCCUGCCACAGCCCAAAGACCACCCCCAGGGACAGCCUCAACUCCUGCACCUCUCCAGAGAAUGAAAGCACGCCCGACCUGGAUUCCCAGUCCCAAUCUAGUGUUGGAAGCCCAUCAUCACGCCUGGCCCCGCUCAUCAUCGGUGCUGAAGAUGAAGAUUUCACCGCAGAGCAAGAGCAGCUCAACGGCCAGUGCAGCUGUUUCCAGAGCAUUGAGCUGCUCAAGUCGCGGCCUGCACACCUGGCAGCCUUCCUCCACCAUGUAGUCUCGCAGUUCGACCCUGCACCACUGCUCUGCUACCUCUACGCUGACCUGUACAAGCAGGUGAAUGCCAAAGAGACGCGUCGCAUGUUUGUGGACUUCUGUAGUUUCUUCAUGGACCGGACGGCGAAUCUUAAAGUAGCAGUUCCAGAGUCCAUCGCCUCUGAUCUCGAGCGACGAAGGCCGGAGAUGAUCCCAGAGGAGCUUCACAGGCAGUAUGUGCAGUUACUUCAGGACACUCUGCUGGCCGACAUACAGAGGCACCUGGAGGAUUUCCGGCAGAAGCGCAGCAUGGGCCUUACGCUAGCCGAGGGCGAGCUGGCCCGGCUGGACACAGAGCGCGUGAGGAGCCGCGUGGCCCUGGAGAGGGAGCGCUCCUGUGCUGAGCACAUCAUCUCCAAGAUAGAGGAUGUGCUACUGACGUCACAGCCCACAGAAGAGGAAAAGUGCACCACCAUGCAGUAUGUGAUCCUCACCUACAUGAAGCACCUGGGUGUGAGGGUGAAGGAGCCACGCAGCCUUGAGCCCAAGCGAGUGCGCAUCAACUUCCUCCCCAAAAUCAAGAAGAGCAUCAAGCCAGAGAAGGAAGGGGAGGAGAAAGUGAAGAAGCCUAGAUUUCCCAGCAUCCUUGUCCCUCCACGGCGGCCCAGUCGGAAUGAUGCAACAUCAAUCGGCAGGGCCGUGGACCUCAACAGACAGCGUCCACAGAAGCAGCUCUCGCAGCCAGCCCUCAACGCCCCGGAGCACCUGGAACCAGGCCGAACCCGCGGGAGUCAAUCUAGUGAGGGUUCGGAUGCAACCCAUACGCCGGCAGCUGCCACCUCACCUCCAUAUAGUUCCACCAGCAGUCAAGCAUCUGAGGGUAGCAGUCGGGACUGUGAGUCUGGUUUUGCACCUUCCUCCGCCCUCCCCAAGCUCAGCGAGGGGCCCCACACAAGUGAUUCAGUGGACAGUACACCGCACACCCCUAGCACCCACUUCGAUUUUAGCCCCUCCUGCCUGGACCAGCUGCAGGAGGAGGAGCGGGAGGGAGACAGGGUUCUGGAGGUGGGCACUCCCAAGGCUUUCAGGAGGAUGGACACAGUGACAUCCGCAGAUGUGCAGAGUGAAGAUGACCAGGGCAAUGAGUUUGAAUUUGAGCAGGACCCCCCAAACUGGCAGCAGCUUGUGAGCCGGGAGGUGUUGGCUGGGCUCACCCCGCACGAGAUCAAGAGGCAGGAAGUCAUCAAUGAGCUUUUCUACACAGAGCGUGCUCAUCUUCGCAUGCUCAGAGUGCUGGACAGUGUCUUCUACCAGAAGUUGACCAGGGAUGCCAUUCUGCCACCUGCAGACAUUAAGAACAUCUUCACCAACUUGGAGGAGAUCAUACAGCUACAUGGUUCCAUAUCAGAACAGAUGACGGCGAUCCGGAAGAAAAAUGAGACAACAGUAAUAGAUCUGAUAGGAGAAGACUUGCUCUCCUGGUUCAGUGGCGAUGAGGAGGAGAAGAUCAAGCGAGCGGUGGGCACCUUCUGUAGCAACCAGCCCUUUGCCUUGGAGCUUAUCAAGACACGGCAGAAGAAGGACCAGCGUUUCACCUCCUUCAUCCUGGAGGCUGAGAGUAAUCGGUUGUGCCGCAGACUCCAGCUCAAGGAUAUCAUUCCCGUAGAGAUGCAGAGACUAACCAAGUACCCCCUGCUGCUUGAGAGCAUAGCCAAGUACACAGAUGACGCUGAGGAGAAAGAGAAGGUGAAGAGGGCAGGUGAAUGCUGUCGAAAAAUACUGAACUAUGUCAAUCAGGCUGUGAAAGAGUCUGAGAACAAACAGAGGUUGGAGGACUAUCAGAGGCGGUUAGACCUGUCUUCAUUGAAGCAGAGUGAGAACACACUCAUUGCUGAGUUCAAGAAUCUUGACCUAACCAAGAAGAAAAUGGUGCAUGAGGGUCCCCUGUCUUGGAAGGUUAAUAAAGACAAGACAAUCGAGCUGUACACGUUGCUCCUGGAGGAUAUCUUGGUUCUGCUGCAGAAGCAGGAUGACCGCCUCAUCCUAAAGUGCCACAGCAAGAACCUGGCAGGCACUGCUGACACUAAACACAUCUUCAGCCCUGUCAUCAAGCUCAACACUGUCCUGGUUCGCUCAGUUGCCACAGACAACAAGUCCUUUUUUGUACUCUCCAUGUCAGAAAACGGAGCACAGAUCUAUGAGCUGAUGGCACAGACUGUGUCAGAGCAGAGAACGUGGCAGUGUCUCAUCACACAACAGGCAGACUUGAUGAAAAAGAAACUGCACAAUAUUAUACCUUUACCUCAGCCCGAUGGGGAACGUGAGGCUGUGGAGAUGAUGAACAGUGGUGAAGCGAAAUUGAAUAAAGACCCUGACCGCAUCUCGACCGGAAGCAUUCAGUCCCCUGAGAAAGAUGGAGGCACAUCACCCACAGGAAUGAUGCAGAACCCCCCAGUUGGCACCAAUCCAUUUGAUGACAUAAAGUCUGAGGGAGAGGAGGAUGAGGGUCCAGAACAGGAUGGGGAAGAUGGGCCUUUCCUGGAACCAAGCCUCUCUGAUAGACUACCGCAGUCACAGUUGACAGUCACCCUUGAUGACGAUGAACAAGAUACCUUUGUUUACCCGAGCUCUGCUGCUGAAGAGGCCUUGCAGACCUUGGAGGCCCUCAGGAAGGUCCUGCUUAAACAGAUGCUGGCCCAGGAGGAGGAACGGGCGCGACAAGCACCCGGGGGACGUCUCUUGCGGACCACCUCCCUUCGGGGCCCCAUGGAUAGCCCAGCAGCCCGAGCAGCUGCUGUACUCCUGUCCCCGGAGGACAGCACAGAAGGGUCGGAGGUCGUGCAGGAGGAGCGAGCACGGGAGCUCCCCUCAGGGGACACUGGCUUCUUCGAGGCCUCUGAUGAGUACAGUAGUUACGUGGUCUUGCAGGGCUAUGGUGGCUCAGGCGAGAGCAGCACAGAUGAUGAUGCCCAAACCAGUGAGAAGGGGCCAGGGGCCAGGUGGGUCUCUGCAGGAGACUCUGGGAUAGACCUGAAGAAAUUACUCUCCUCAUCCUCACUGUCGGGGGGUGCCCCAAACUUCAGCCGUCAGGUUAUGACUCACCUCCGUCUGCUGCAGGCCAAUUUGAACCAUCUGAAGGAAGUAGAGACCAAGUACAACCAACUACUCCAGAAGCAAGAAGGACCACGUACUGACACAGAUAAAAACAAAGAUAAGAGUUAGUGUAGGCAGAGCCAUUCAGCCCCCUCACCACGUCUGGCCUGAAAAAAGGACACGGGGGGGAGAGAAGAUAGAUGUGCGUAAGCCUGUCCUUUGAUCUUCUCUCACAAGACACUGCCCUGUGAUGCUGAGCCCCUUCCACUGCAGAGGCCAGACAAACAGCGAGGGGGGGGAAGGAAGAGCCUCCGUAGCACCUUCCUCCUCUGUGUCAUUUGCGCAAGCCAAUCAGGGAAGACGGACUUGUGAAACACUCUGCCCAUCACCCUCAUAGCAUGACUGCUUCUCCCCUUUCGCACAAUUCAAAUAAGAGGAAAGAACUAUACCAAAAUGUACAAAGCUGUGUGUUUAGGAUAUAUAAACACAAACCUGAAGAAAAACUAAGGAAUUUUUAUAUAUUUACAUUUUCUUUUCCCCUUUUACCCCAAGAUGUAUUUAUUAUUUUUAUUGUUAUUGCUGUUGUCAUUGUUGUCUUCAUCAAUGUUCUUGUUAGUGGUCCCCAUGUUGCUUGCAUGCUUUUUGUUCACUGGGCAUCUUUUCUCACUGCCAUUAUGGACACCCCAGCCAUUGUUUGGACAUUCUUUGGACCAUUUUUCGUGGACCAGGCUGAGUGCAAGGGGCUGUAGAGAGAAAAGGGUACCAUGUCCACGCUGUCUUCAUGUACCAUACCUACUGAGAGUUCCUCGACUGCUUCCGGACCAUCAUUUUCAGUCCUUCCACAGCUCAGACUUCCCUCUGACUACAGGUUCUUCUUGCUCAUGUUUUCCCUCCCCUCCACGUUUCAUCAGGAGACAGGCAAGGCACCAGAUGAGAUCUGCUGGAGAGCCCAGCUAAAAAUGUCCCAGAGGUCAAUGUGGGAAGAGAUGAGAGAGGAAGUCUGAAACAGUGAUGAUGUUUCCUGGGAGAAAAUGGUCAGCUGAAGAUUGGAAGACCACAGUUACACAUUCUGCACAAUGUUUUGUCUGUUCAUGACAGCCUUUGUUGCCUUGCUGAGAUGCGUCCUCUAGUUGAUGGGCUGAGUGGGUGGGGCAAAGACAGUCACCAGAAGGUCCAUGGUUCCAGUCACUGCCUGUCAGUCUUGCUUUGUGCCCCCAUCCCGAUAUCCACUGAAACACAAAACCGCCCACUUCUGCUGUACCAUCCCAGUGGGCAAAUUCUGCAAACGAGGCGUCUGCUUUCACUAAUCUGCUUAAGGGGAAAGUAUUCAACACCUCUGUCACUUGGCCAGCUGAGUGUUGAUCAGGGCUGAAGGAACGUAGGAGUAGGCUUUGAGAAGUAUCUCAGGAAAAAAAAACAGAAUGCAUCGAUGACUACUUGCGGAGGGAUUUAGUUGCCCAAAGUUGCCGUAUUGAUGCCGUUUGCAGGUCAGCUGUACACACCACCAUUCCCUACAGGCAGUCUGGACUUCAGACUCACAUCAGCUUCAUGAGCAAAAGCAUCCCAGCUCAAGAGAGAGCCAGGGUGGCCAUGUCCAGCAAAUGCAUAUAAGCUUUAGGGGAAAUGCAGCUCAAAGGCUGCCUGUGGGCAAGUGAGAGACAAGUAGAGAACCCUGGACUUUUGCCCCAGCUCUUCAAUUGGGGUCUGAAAUCUCUUGUUUGCAUGAAUGGCACUUUGGGUCUAUGAUGAAAUCUCUGCUUGGAGCAACACGUUGUUACUAUAUAUCCGAGUCAAAUGGAAACUGCCUGCUACUUGUGUCGUUAACUAUUUUGAGAUGAUAUGCUACAUUGGCUUCUCCUUCCUACAAAAACUGUAGACUCCAAAUCCUCAGCACUGAGUUUGGUUGCUGUGUUUGCUCUUGUUCUUCAGUUCUGUUUGUGUGUGUGUGUGUGUGUGUGUGUGUGUGUUUCUUUUUGCUCCAUGUUACUGUACAGUAUCCUUUGGAAACGAGCUACUGAAGACCUUUCACACGCGUGUGAGACAAGUGGUGAGAGGCCGGGACUUGCAAAAUUCCAUGGUUGAAUUAAGGAGAGACUGCAGGGUGCAAAGUCACAUUUUACUCCAUUCUCCUUCCCUUUUCAGCCGAGGUGUGACGCUUGUUUGCUGAGGCGUUGCUUGGAAACAUAGAUUUUAAAGACGUGUAAACUAAAAAGCUAAACAAAAUGCAUAAACUUAAGAAAAGGAACUGUAUUGAUUAUUUUUAAUGUAAAAAGUGUACAAUUAUCACCAACACUGCAUCUGUUAAACAGAAAGAGAAUCAUCUUCGUAUUUCUUUU